AUGGAUACUUCGUGCUGGAAGGUCAAAGUCCAACCUCAUCCCGGCUCAUCGGAGCAUGAUAUUGCCACCGAGCCGAACUGGGGUGUUGGCCACGAGCAUCGUGUAGGGUAUAGGAAUAGCAGCAAUCGCUUACCAGGGUUGACCGAGGAUGGGUAUUACCACGCAGAGAUCGAGCAGGCGCAGCUGGCACGGAAAGAACUGGAGGAGGAGAUAACCCAUGGGAUACUGAUCAAUUUCCGCCAGCUGAUUGAACACCAGCCCGACUUCCACCUCAGACACCCCGAGAAUAAGUCUCAGGGCUGGAGAUAUGUGCUUGAUACCACAGAGGACUGGGUGAAGCAGAAGCAAGACUGGCCUAUUAACAUUCGUAGAAAGCAAGAGGAACAAAAAAGUGUGGCAAAAAAUGACAAAGAAGAGAAGGAGAGGAGGGCUCAACAGGAGCAUGAGUGGCGGCGAGAUUCUGACGUGGAAAAACACAACGACGCUUAUGCCGUCAAAAACGCGACAAGCGAUAAAGAAAAACCUCUCGAGGACAUGUAUUCAACGCAGGAAAUUGCUCUGCUUCGGGGUCUAGAGCAUGAGAAUGACUACGUGUCGCAUCUCAAAGAAAACGAUGGCAAAGGAAACGCGCCCAAGGUGCGAAAUCAGACGCAGAUCUCCAUCGAUGAGCAGGACCAAUUCAGCCCUGAUAAUUGGCUUCCUCGCUCCUCGCACCUGAUCCGUAACACGGGCAAGCACCCAUUGAAUGCCGAGCCCGACCUAAGCCAGCUCUUUUCCUCUGGCUUAAUUACACCUAAUGAACUACACUACGUUAGAAACCACGGGGCUGUCCCAAGACUAUUGUGGGAGUUCCACCACGUCAAGGUCGAGUAUAACAACACAACAAAGAUAUACUCCAUGAAUGAUAUUAAGGGCUUCGAUGUCAUCAACAUACCUAUCGCGCUAGCGUGCGAUGGCAACAGGCGGAAAGAGCUCAAUAUGAUGAAGAGAAGCAAGGGGUUCGAUUGGGGACCUGGAGGUGUUAGUUGCUCAUACUGGAAAGGCCCUCUACUCAGAGAUGUUCUAGUCGAUGCGGGAGUUCCCGAAGUGCCGCCUGAUCUGGGUGGCAAGCGAUAUUGGGUCAAUUUCGAGGGUGCGGAUGAGCUCAGCGAGGGGAAUUAUGCGACAUCAAUCCCGUUUGAAUAUGCCAUGUGUGCGCAAAACGAUAUUCUCCUGGCCUACGAGAUGAAUGACGUUCCGUUGCCGCCGGAUCACGGGUAUCCCAUUAGGGUGAUAAUUCCAGGCUACGUGGGAGGCAGAUGUGUCAAAUGGCUGCGGAAGAUAUGGAUUAGCGAGGAGGAGAAUAAGUCUCACUAUCAUAUUUGGGACAAUCGUGUCCUCCCCGCCUUUAUCUCUGAGAUGGACGGUCCUUUUGCAGAAGCGCUAUUUCGCCAUCCGGAUACGGCCUGCAAUGAACAGAACCUCAAUUCUAUUAUUGCAAAGCCUGCCCAUGGCGAAACAAUAUCACUAUCCCAGGCCCGAAAAGGCAGCAGCUAUCGGAUAGCAGGUAUCGCAUAUGAUGGUGGUGGCCAUGAGGUGCAGCGAGUCGAAGUUUCUCUUGAUAAUGGCAAGACAUGGCUAUACUGUAUUCGCAGAUUUCCCGAAACUCCUAUUCGACAUGGUAAUAAGUACUGGACAUGGGUUCACUGGCAUGUUGACGUUGACGUUGUUCAGCUUCUCCGAGCGAGUAGUAUAACUGCGCGGUGUUUCAAUGUCUUUAAAAACACGCAACCUAGGGACCCGAACUGGAACAUCAUGGGCAUGAUGAACAACUGUUGGUACACUGUCAAACUGGAGAUAGUGAAUCGGGAGCAGUCGGCUGUGCCCUACAUGCUAUUCCGCCAUCCGACGGAGCCUGGCAAGGGAGAAGGUGGCUGGAUGAAACCAAGCAUUGAAAAUCGGAUUUCUGAUACUCGACAGGAGGCUAAAGCUCCACAGAAGCAGUUCACGCGUGAGGAAAUCGAAAAACAUGAUAAACAGCAUGACUGUUGGAUCGUGGUAGAUGGAAAAGUUUACGACGCAACGAGCGUUUUGGGGUGGCACCCCGGAGGCCCUGCAGCUAUUCUCGAACACGCAGGGAAGGUUCACCAAGAUACUACGGAUGAGUUCUCUUCUAUACAUGAUGACUUUGCAAACCAGAAGCUACAAGAAUGUGUCCUCGGAGUGGUUACGGAGAAGGCCGCAAACUUUAUCAAGAAGAACGCGGAAGCUGCUGCCAAAGAGAGAGCAUUAUCAUCUGCAAAUGACGAUCAAGUCAUCCUUCAAAAACACAGAUGGGUGCCUGUUAAGCUUAUUAACCGCAAAGAAAUAUCUGCAGAUUCGAGAAUAUAUACUUUUGAGCUUCCUGGAAACAAGAGCGUACUUGGCAUUGGCACUUGCCAACACGUCUUUCUCGGUUUUCAUCUGAGGGACCGAAUGCUGAUUCGCAGCUACACUCCUACAAGGCCUCUCUUGCCUGCUCUAAACGACACCAAUCCUCCCAGCGACGCAUACAGGGACGGUAAUGGAACCUUCGAUCUGACUGUCAAGACCUAUUUCCCCGAUGAAAAUCAGCCUGGAGGUGCAAUGUCUUCCAUCCUUGAUUGCAUUCCGCUUGGAGAAGAAGUGGAGAUCCGUGGUCCGACAGGCGAGAUUGUAUAUAAUGGUGACGGCAACUUCAUUAUUGACCUCAAGGAAUGCCACUUUAGCCGUGUUUCGUUGGUCCUAGGUGGUUCCGGCGUCACCCCUGGCUACGCUCUUGUCGCCCGCGUUAUAAUGACUCCCCAAGACAGGACUACGAUAAGUCUCAUUGACGCUAACAAGACAGAAGACGACAUCCUUAUGCACGAUGAACUAGACCAGUUCCAGCAAGAGUUCAGGGACAAGCUGCGAGUGACGCACAUUUUGAGCCAUCCUAGUGAUAGUUGGAAUGGGCUCAGGGGUCAUGUAGAUGAGGUCAAAAUUAAGGACAAUCUAUUUCCACCGAGCGACGACUCGGUAGCCCUCUUGUGCGGCCCGCCAACAAUGAUUCAAAAGACAGUUUUGCCGGUGUUGAAGGAAUGGGGCUAUAUUGAGGAUGAGAAUGUAUUCGGAUUCUAG